CACUUCUCGCACUUCUCUCCCGUUCCCCACCAUACGGUGCUCUCUCAUCACUCUCUGUUUCCUCCUAAUUAAUCACUUCUCUCCGUGUCUUUCAGUUUCAGAUCUGAGCAUCUGAGAUGGCGAUGAAACGCGUCGGUUCCUCUGCAGUUCGCGCGCUUACCUCUUCAGCUGCUUCUUCAGCUUUCACCAGACACCUCCACGCUUCUCCUGGCAGCAAGAAGAUUGUGGGCGUCUUCUACAAGGCAAACGAGUAUGCUUCGUUGAAUCCGAAUUUCCUAGGCUGUGCUGAGAAUGCAUUGGGCAUACGCGAAUGGCUCGAAUCCCAGGGUCACCAGUACAUAGUUACCCCGGACAAAGAUGGCCCUAACUGCGAGCUGGACAAGCACAUACCCGACCUGCACGUGCUGAUUUCGACUCCCUUCCACCCUGCAUAUGUAACCGCGGAGAGAAUCAAGAAGGCGAAGAACCUGCAGCUUCUGCUGACCGCUGGCAUUGGCUCGGACCACAUUGAUCUCAAGGCUGCUGCUGAGGCUGGGCUGACAGUGGCCGAAGUCACCGGGAGCAACACUGUCUCUGUUGCUGAAGACGAACUCAUGAGGAUCCUCAUCCUCGUCCGGAACUACCUGCCCGGAUACCAUCAGGUCAUCAGUGGCGAAUGGGACGUCGCUGCCAUUGCUCAUCGAGCUUAUGACCUCGAAGGCAAGACUGUUGGAACGGUUGGAGCUGGGCGAAUAGGCCGGCUUUUGCUCCAGAGGCUGAAGCCUUUCAACUGCAAUCUCCUCUACCAUGAUCGCCUCCAGAUGGAUCCGAAGCUCGAGAGUGAGAUAGGAGCUACAUUCGAGGAGGAUCUCGAUGCAAUGCUGCCAAAGUGUGACAUCAUUGUCAUCAACACUCCUCUCACUGAGAAAACAAAAGGACUGUUUGACAAAGAAAAGAUCGCAAAGCUGAAGAAGGGUGUUCUGAUCGUGAACAACGCUAGAGGUGCGAUCAUGGACACUCAAGCAGUUGUCGAUGCUUGUUCGAGCGGGCACAUUGGAGGCUAUAGCGGGGAUGUUUGGUACCCACAGCCAGCUCCGAAGGAUCAUCCGUGGAGGUACAUGCCAAACCAGGCCAUGACCCCUCAUAUAUCCGGGACUACUAUCGAUGCACAGCUACGCUAUGCUGCUGGGACGAAGGACAUGUUGGAUAGGUAUUUCAAGGGUGAGGAUUUUCCUGCACAGAAUUACAUCGUCAAGGACGGAGAACUGGCGAGCCAGUACCGGUAGACGGGGCUGCCUGCCUAAAUAAAACGACUUCGUUUGUGCAACGUUGCUGUUCCUGUUUGAUGAGGAUUAAUUAAUGAAUAAACGCUUUGUGCAGUAGAGAUUCUUCACUGUGGAAGAACGCAUAACUGUGUCUCUACCUUUAAACUUUUUUCCCUACAAUGUUGUAACGCUUCAUAACUUUUUAUCAAUACUUCAAAAUUAUUAAAA